CGGGGCCAAAUCGCCCCAAACGGGAGCCUUACUCGCCAAUAUCGAGACACGGUUGUUUCGUUUUCGUUUAUCGUAAGUCAGCCGUGAGGCGUCGAGUGGCUGGAAGUUCUUCGAGAGUACGGCGGUCGAGAUGGCUGAAGGUCCGGGGAGUUCGGCCUGGCUGAACCGCGCAGAUGCCGGGGCUCCACAGCCUCCGCCUUACAGCAUGGCGACUCGUUCGGCGCCGUUUGGUGGACCUCAGAACGCGCAGCAGCAUCCGACGGGUUCGUCGGAUGGUUUUGCGUCUGGGUUUACUGGCUUGAUGAUAGGCGGUCAAUCCGCACCGGGAUACAAUGCGCUACAGCGUUCAGUCGUGCCUGCGUCGUUGAAUCAGUUGUUGUCAAACAGAACGGGUGCCGUUGGGAUGGGAGGAAAUCCUUCGCAGACGUCCUGGAGGCCUCAAGCAUCGGGAUUUCCUCCUCAGUUGAGUGCAUCUGAUGCUCAAAAGAUUCAGCACCAGAAGAUGUUGGCCCGACUGGCGUCCGUACCUCUGCAUCAUCCAGGAGCUGGAAAUAUGCCUCAACCUCAGCAGCAGCAACAGCAACAGCAGCAGCAGUUGUUGACAUCUCAGAAGUCUCAGUCGUUGCAAUUACCAGCUGCUGCACAGACAGCGCAGCUUCAUUCCUCUCUCCAGCAACUGCAGUCUGGUGGUGUUCACAGUCCAGCUCCUCUUGCUCCUCCAACUCCUCCUUCAUUCAGUAUGCCACAACAGCAGCAGCAACAACAGCAGCAACCACAGCAGCAACAGCAACCAAUGGGAGGACAGCAGGCGAUUGUGAAUGCAUCUCAUACUCCUCAUCAACAGUCAUUUACAGUACAGCAAUCAUUGAAUCCCAGAUUGUCAGUAUCGCAUGCAAUUACAGGUCAACUGAGAGCAGUAGCUCUGCAAGGUAGGGGAGCUCCACAAGCCAGACCGAUGUUACAACAGCCCGGCAUACCUUCUCAGAGAAUUUCCUCACGGCCACUCCCGGCCGUUCGAUUUGCUGUGGACCCGUCCAGCUUGCCUCCGCUCCUUCCAAAGAUACAGCAAGUUCGACAAGAGUUGCUCAAAGCCGAUCGUCUGGUCGGCGAGCAGAGAGAAACGCAAAUGGCCAAACUUCAGAAACAGUUGUACAUUUUGUUGGCGGCAUUUCACGAGCAAGAGAGACGGAAACGACAAAUUUUAGAAGAAGGACGGAAACGACAGAUGGGUCAAGGGGUACCACCUCAACCCGGUCAGGGGAGUGCUGGUGCCGGCCAGCAUUUUCAAUUACAAGCGAGCAGAAUACAUCAGCAAGGUGACAACUUCAGGGCAGCUCCACAAGCUGUGUACAACAUGGGACAUCUCGGACAAUUGUAUAACCAACCGAUGAUGGCUAACAGGAGUGGAUCUCACAAGAAGGUGAAAGGAAAGAACCGUAAUAGACGUUACGACGACAGUGACGAGGAGAGUGAGACUGAAACAGACGAGGAUUCGGUUUUAUCCUCCCCUGGCCUCUCGCCAUCAGCCAUUCCAGAAGAGGGUUUGAGGCGUUCCACGCGCAACGUUCAACGAAAGACGUAUAAGGAUGAUCUGGACAUCCAUCUUAGUGGUGAUGAGGAAGGAAAGAAGACAGAAGAGCACAAACCUGGAACUGAACAACCAGAAAGUGAAAUCUUACCGAUUGCAGAAGAUGAGCCUCCACUGCAUGCUUCAUAUUUCUUGACUGUUCCAGAUGAGUCUGAGGCAAACGUUGUUGAGAAGAUACUGAUACACAGGAGAUGUGAGCCAAAGAACGAUCCAGAAGAUGACCCAGCUUCUGACGAGGAAAAUGACUUUGAAUACUUUGUCAAAUAUAAAAACUACUCUUAUCUUCAUUCUAAAUGGGCAUCAAUAAAGGAGUUAGGCCAUGGCGACAAGCGUAUCAUCAUGAAAGUCAAACGCUAUCAUCAGAAACGGGCUGCCACAACUAACAUCUUUGAGCUGGCGGACGAAGAUGAACCGUUUAAUCCCGAAUAUGUAGAAGUAGACAGAGUGCUGGAUGUCGCAAAGCACGAGGAGAAUGGCGAGAUGGUCACUCAUUACCUGGUGAAAUGGAAGAGUUUGAACUACGAGGACAGCACGUGGGAGCUUGACAAAGACGUUCCUGAUGAUAAGGUGCAGCUAUUUUAUAGACUUCGUCGAGUUCCUCCGCCAUCUGAGCAAGGAUUCAAACCGAGACCGUAUCCCAAUGUAUGGCGACCUCUCCUCGAGAGUCCGCAAUUCAACAACAGUAACAAACUGAGAGACUACCAACUGGAGGGUCUUAAUUGGCUGUUGUUCAACUGGUACAACUGUCAAAACUGUAUCUUGGCCGACGAGAUGGGUUUAGGCAAAACUAUACAGACAAUAGCUUUCCUCACUCAAGUUCAGGCAACAGGAGUAAGGGGUCCAUUCCUAGUUGUUGCGCCAUUGUCCACGCUUGCUAAUUGGCAGAGAGAAUGUGAGACGUGGUCGGACAUAAACGCUAUUGUUUAUCAUGGCAGUCUACAGAGUCGUCGCAUGAUUGGUGACUAUGAGAUGUAUCACAGAGAUGAAAAGGGAAAUCUAUUGGAUGGAUUGUUCAAGUUUGAAGUGAUGAUUACGACUUAUGAGAUGGUCAAGAUAAUGGCUGAGAUUGAUUUUAUGCGUCUCAUUCCAUGGAGAGCUGUCAUUGUGGAUGAGGCUCAUCGUUUGAAGAACAAAGCAUGUAAACUGCUUGAAGGCUUAAACUCCCUAAGAAUGGAACACAAAGUGCUACUGACUGGCACUCCACUGCAGAACAAUGUCGAAGAGUUGUACAGUUUGCUCAAUUUUUUGGAGCCCGUUCGAUUUAGCAACGAGGAUUGGUUCAUGCACGAAUUCUCUGAUCUCAAAUCCGAAUCACAGGUUGCCAAACUCAAGCAGGUGUUGAAGCCGAUGAUGCUGAGACGACUAAAGGAAGACGUCGAGAAGAGCAUUGCAGCCAAGGAAGAGACGAUUAUUGAGGUGGAGCUGACGGCCGCUCAAAAGCGUUACUACCGUGCCAUCCUAGAACGCAAUUUUACCUUCUUGGUGAAAGGCACGGCCAGUGCGUCAAGCCUUCCCAGUCUCAUGAACAUCAUGAUGGAACUGCGUAAGUGCUGUAACCAUCCUUUCUUGAUCAACGGUGCCGAGGAGAGAAUCAUAAACGAGUUCAACCACAAUUUGAGACCCGGCCAUCGAGACUAUAAAUCACCUGCAGACAUCAUGGUGUUGUCAUCGGGUAAACUUGUUCUCAUCGACAAGCUGUUACCGAAACUGAAGUCAGGAGGACACAAAGUGCUCAUCUUCUCGCAAAUGAUUCGCUGUUUGGAUAUCCUUGAAGAUUACCUGAACAGUCACGGUUAUUUGUAUGAGCGCAUUGAUGGACGUGUAAGGGGAUCGAUGAGACAGGCGGCAAUCGAUCGUUUCUCUCGACCAGACUCGGAUCGUUUUGUCUUCUUGUUGUGCACGCGGGCUGGCGGUCUUGGCAUCAACUUGACUGCAGCCGACACGGUGAUUAUCUUUGAUUCGGAUUGGAAUCCACAAAACGACUUACAAGCUCAGGCUCGAUGUCAUCGUAUUGGACAAGACAAGGCAGUCAAGGUUUAUCGCUGUGUUACAAGGAACACGUACGAGAGAGAGAUGUUUGACAGAGCGAGCAUGAAACUCGGUCUCGAUCGGGCAGUUCUACAGUCGAUGAAUGCCGGCAAUGCAACCCAGCCACAGAUGAGCAAGAAGCAAGUGGAGGAUUUGCUGAAGAAAGGAGCUUAUGGUGCUCUUAUGGACGAUGAUACAGACAGUGCAAAAUUCUGUGAAGAAGAUAUCGAUCAGAUUCUUGAGAGAAGAACCCAAGUUAUCGUGUUAGACACGGAAUCGAAGGGAUCAACAUUUGCUAAGGCAAGUUUCACGGCAGCUGACAGCCAUCUCGACAUUGAUAUCAAUGAUCCUGAUUUCUGGGAGAAAUGGGCAAAGAAAGCUCACGUGGACACGAGGAGAUCAUCGAGAAGCGAACUGAUUAUUCAUCACCCGCGUCAACGCAAGCAGACGAAACGUUACGUUAUCGGUUCAGAGAGUCACGAUAUUGCCGAUUUCUCCGACUCCGAUCCCGAUGUGGAUGAGGAGCAGUUGCUACUCGGAUCGAAAAUCGUUCAGAAAGGAUACUCAAGAGCGGAGUGCUUCAAAGUUGAGAAGCAGCUUCUCACGUACGGUUGGGGUCGCUGGAGAGACAUUUUGACGAACGGCAACUUCAAGCGGAAAAUGACUCAAAGAGACGUCGAAGCUAUUGCAAGGAUGAUGUGUGUCUACUGCUUGCACUGCUGUAAGCCCGAUGAGAGGAUUCGCGAGUCAGUUUUGGACAUCUUAUCUCUGCCAAGCAUUGCUGAAGAUGAAUUUGACACGGACGAUGGCAGGAAAAGAAGAAGAAGAAAGGGAACUAAGAAAAUUAGUCGCUCGGCAGCACAACAUUUUGGAAUGCAAGACACAACCGUCCUAAUGGCCAAAGAUCCGAACUCAUUCUUUGAAGACGAAGGCUACAAGAAGCAUCUUCAAAACCAUGCGAAUAAAGUGCUGAAUCGUGUUCGACAGCUUGUUUUUCUGGAGAGAGAUAUUAUUGGAGACAGAGGUGACCUGUUUCUCAAUGGUGUGCCGGCCAGUGAUCUCGAUUUGGUGGUUCCUCCUGCCGAAGGUGACCCACCAGCGUCAUGGUGGGACGAAGCAAUGGAUCUUUCUUUGUUGGUCGGAGUUUUCAAGUUUGGUUAUGAGAAGUAUGCACAGAUGUAUGAUGAUCCUUCACUGUGCUUUAUGGAUCGUUGCGGUCGACCUCCAUCUUCUGGCAAGAAAGCAGAGAAAAUCAACAAGGUCGAGGAAGAAGACGAGGACGAUGAGGAGGCACACGGUGAGGAUGGUGACUCUCAGGCAAGCGCCACUGAUAUCAAAGACAUCGACAUUCCUGUCUACGAGGGCCAUCGCAUGACAACAAGAUCAGACACAGAGAGAGGAAACAAACCAGCCUUUCCAUCUCCGGCCGAUGUGAACACACGGUUUAGGAGGCUCAUUGCUUCAUUCAUGAAGUUGCAAAGAAAAGAGCAGAGUCGAAGAAUGCAGGCCAAAAAGGAACAACAGAGGCGUCAAAGGUUUGAGGAAAUGGUGAAGCAGAAGGAGAUCCGACGUGCCGAAAUGGCACAGAAAUGGUCAAAACGUGAAGAGCAAGACUUCUAUCGCACGAUAUCGUUGUUUGGUAUUGUACGAGAUCCAACCACUGGCCAAUACGAUUGGUCAAAGUUUAGGGUGUUGGCUAAGUUGGAGAAGAAGGGAAACGAUCGACUCAGCCAAUACUGUGAGGAGUUUCUAGAAAUGUGCCACGCUGUGUGUAACAAGGGAAAAUCAUCGACUAAACAUACGACAGGCAAAUUUUGUAUUGAGCCUAUCUCGGAAGAGAAAGCCAGUCGUGUACUGCAGCGUGUGCAACUGUUGUCAGCCAUACGAGAAGAGAUCUUUCCUCAUCCCGAAUUACACACGAGAUUGCAACUGUGUCAAUCGUCGUUGGACUUGCCCAGCUGGUGGAUCGCCGGUCAACAUGAUCACGAGCUACUGAUUGGAGUAGCAAGGCACGGCUUAGUGCGUACUGAAGUUCACGUAGCCAACGAUCCCGAGCUAUCGUUUUCUCAAUAUGUUCCUGAGCCUUUGCCUUCUUCAUCGUCUGGUGUCCUCUCUCCGGUGCCAUUCGGUCCGGUGGUGUUGCCCGGUGCUCCUUUCAGUGGCGAUGUACUAACUCCCGGACAAUCUCAAGAUGGGGUCAGUCCCAGUACUGUGGACGGCGAAGGGGAGCAGGAAGGAAAUAGGCAGGAAUUGCUCAGUGACGGUGCAAAGACUGGCGAACAAGGAAAUGGUUCUAGUAACAGUGACAUCCAACAGGCAAGCCAAGAGAAUGGUAGCAAUGGCGGACCUCGUCAAGCGACGGCUAACGACAGUGAAGUGAAUAGUCGUCAUAGCAGCACUCCUGUUACGCCCGUCCGUAUUCAUCCACCUGUCCCCAUUGUAAACCUCGCAGGAACACCGCUGGAUGCUCAUACUGCUUCUGUUAUAGCCCAGUGGCAAGCAAGAUGGCCAAAGGAGCGUGUCAUCAUCCAUCGUUUGAGUCAAAUUAUUUAUUGUGUGAGGAACAACUUGUGGCCAGUGGACCAGCGGCAGCUCAUGUCGCCCAGCUUCAUGCAGUCGAGACUGAGAAUGAAAGGUGAAGACGAGUUGGAUGAGGACGACGAGAAUCGUCCCUUCAAAGUCAAGGAGGUUAGCAGAGAUGGUCUGAAAAUGACAUUCAGGAAGAACAUGAAGUUACAGGAAGGCGACGAUUCAGAUUACGAAAAUGGAGAAACGGAUUCUGGUGGGGAGAUUCCUGUGUUUCCCGUGUCUACUCCGACUGGAAGAAAGGCCAGCGGACGAUUGCAGAAGAAUAUGUCGAGAUCUUGGAACACAGGCGGGACGGACGAUGCUUUCAGUCCUUCUCAUGUGAGUGCGAUGUUGGAGGGGGCGCCAGUGAAGCGUGGGAAAGGGAAAGUGAAGGUGACUCAGUUGGAUGACUCGGAUGAAGACUGGGGUGUCAGUACAUUAAGCAGUGCCAAGAAGCGACGAAGAAAGCAGAAGCAGUCGGACAAAGUGUUUAUCCCGGAUGCUGGAUAUGGGGGAGCUACGAAGGUAGAAACAAUCGCUCACAGACGACCCAAACGGAAAGCAGCCGAACGACGUGUUGCUGUCAUUCACAAAGAGACAGGAGAGAGACUGACGGGAACAGCUGCACCAACGGUUCAGAAGCUCGACGCUUGGCUAGAAGAAAAUCCCGACUACGAAGUAGAACAAGAAUCGGCCAGGGAGAUAGAUGGGAAGCCACCGUCUGCAAAGCGUCAGCGUCCUCCUACUUUGCAGCUCGAUGAGAAACACGAAAGGCCGAAUGCCGAGCACUCCAAGGAACCGACGGUAAACGUGGUCAACAGGGAGACAGGCAGAGUGAUUUCAGGAGCGACUGCGCCAAGACUGAGUAGAUUAAAUAGUUGGCUCGAGUCUCACUCCGAUUUCGAUGUGGCAGAUGAUUGGAGAGGAUUUGUAAUGCAACACGAUACACUGAAACCUCACCUGAACCACAGAAUCGCAGUGCCGGGAUAUCACGCAUCCAGUCAAUUGUCAGUUUCUCCAGUAAAUGCGGUACCGGGCGGGACGCUCGUAUCUCCCAUACAGACAGGCCUUCCGGCAUACCCGGAUGGUGCCUACCCGGAUGGUAUCCUGCAGCACAGCGCGACACCCACCUCGCCUGCUAUGGCUUCAUUUGCAGUGCCUCAAUUGGGUGUUGUUCCCGGAGCUGUUCCCAUGCCCUACUAUUAUCACAGUCAAGUUCCUUUCAAUGUACGAUCGUCUGUAAACGAGCAGGUGAGAGAAGACGUUAGCAAUAUGGACGAGACGAGUCGAGGAUUGAGUGAAGAUGUAGAUGGACAGAAGGAUGUUUAUGUCGGUGACGACGAUGAUUAUAGUCCUGAACAGUCGGGCGACGAGGCCGAUAUGUAGUGAUUGUGUUCGCAUAGUAAGUAUUUGGCUAUUUGUCUGAGAUAUUAACAGAAUAGGGAAUGUUGUCUGAAGUACAGUACAGUACAGUAGGAUGCGUUUAGUUGACACACUUGUGAAGAAUAUACAUAUAGUUGCAUACUAUAUUUCA